AUGUCAGAGGAUUUCGAAAACGCCGAUCGCGGCUUCAUGGGCUCCAUCGAGCCAUGCACAAUACAGAACAAAUCAGGCCACACUGUCUGGGACAUCAAAACGUUCGCAUUCCUCGAAAAUGAUUGCCCCGAAACCGUGAAUGCAAAGCUGUGGCGACAGGGCCAACUGACUGCUAAGCAUGGUCUUUUCGAAGUCACGAAAGGGACCUAUCAAGUACGCGGCUUCGAUAUCUCGAAUAUGACAAUUGUUGAAGGACGCACGGGUGUCAUUAUCAUUGAUCCGCUGGUAUCCCAUGAAUGUGCUGCUGCUGCGUUCUCACUCUACAAGAAACAUCGUGGCGACAGGCCUCUGACAGGCCUGAUCUACUCCCACUCUCACAUUGACCACUUUGGCGGGGCGCGAGGAGUCUUGUCAGAGGGCAUGGAGAAUUCCGUUCCUAUCAUCGCCCCCUCCGGCUUUAUGGAAGAAGCGACGUGCGAAAACAUCUACGUGGGACCCUCCAUGCGCCGCCGAGCACGAUGGAUGUAUGGAACGAGUCUGCCGAAGAGCCCAGAGGGACAGGUUGGAUGUGGGCUGGGACUGGCGACGUCGCAGGGCUCAACCUCACUCAUCCCACCGAAUGUGCUUAUAUAUAACACAGGUGAUGAGAGAGUGGUGGAUGGCGUCCGGCUCGUCUUCCAAAUGGUCAAUGGGACCGAAGCGCCGUCCGAGUUCAACUUCUAUUUCCCAGACAGCAACGCGCUUUACAUUUCCGAAUGUGCCACCCACAACAUGCACAACAUUAUCACCCUGCGCGGUGCACUCGUCCGCGAUGCGAAAGCAUGGUCUAGGCACCUCGACGAAAGCAUCGCCCUUUUCGGCGAGAAGGCAACCGUACUCUUGGCCGGGCACCACUGGCCAACCUGGCGGAAGGAGAAAAUCAAUCAAAUGCUCACUGAGCAACGGGAUAUGUACGCCUUCAUGCAUGACCAGACUGUGCGCCUCAUGAACGAAGGUAUGACUGGCAUCGAGAUUGCGGAAACUCUCAGACUGCCCCCGGCCCUUGAUAACGCCUGGCACUUGCAAGGGUACUACGGCUCACUCAGCCACAACAUUAAAGCUAUCUACCAGCGUUAUAUGACCUGGUUUGACGGAAACCCCGCCAACCUGUGGAAGCAUCCUCCUGUUGAAGAAGGGAAACGGUAUAUCGCCUGCAUGGGUGGCGCGGAUCAAGCCAUCGAGAUAGCGGUGAAUUAUGCAGACAGCGGUGAUCUGCGCUUCGCAGCUACAUUACUAGGCCAUGUAGUCGCUGCAGAGCCCAAUCACACCAGAGGUCGGGAAGCACUUGCUUCUGUCUAUACUCGACUAGGUCAUGGAUCUUUGAAUGGAACCUGGCGCAACUUCUAUCUCACGGGGGCGCAAGAUCUGAGGAGCAGCCCACAGCAUAUCUAUGGAAGCUCAUUGGAGAAAAUGGGUCUGCCAAAACUAGAUCCGCUAUUGAGUGUUGAGCAGUGGUUGGCAGCUCUUUCAGUCCAGAUUGAUGGGCCGCGCGCCGCUGGCGACUCCCUCAUUAUCGACAUCGCCAUUUCCGAUGUUGGAGAAACAUGGCGACUUAUCCUCAGCAACGGUGCUCUGACAUAUAGAGCCUUGUCUACGAAAGCACUGUCUUUGGAUGAGGCUGGCCUCCAGCUGCAAGUGACCAAAGAGGAGUUCCGAAUGCUGCUUCUCAACAAGCAAACGGCUGAAGCUAAGACAGUUCAGGGAAACUCGGAGCUAUUUUUGAGGUUGAUGCAGUUCUUUCCAUGGGGGACCAAGACUGGCUUCAACAGCCACUUGUGA